UCCAUCAGGAUUAAUGUCGGAGUCGGAUCUCAAGAUUGCUACGACUGGUCCGUGAGAAGAAGGAACUGGAGCUACUGGCAAGGGACGGCUGACAGGAGCUACAGGCAAGGGGCGGUAAACUUUUGGACUGUUCGUUUGGUAGAAUCUGUUGUUGUUGCCUGCGAAACCCGUGUUGCUGUUUCUGAAGAGGCUGCUUACGUCAGCGGCGGCGAGGGCCACAAGAGUGGAAAGGACCAACUAAAAAUAAAACAUUGAUGCUUAUUUAUUUCAGUUACAAAUCGAGUCAGGUGUGACUCAAUAUUAGUGAAAAAAUAUAGUGUCCUGGAGAUUUUUAAUGUCGAGUCAUCAUGGCUAUCGAAUUGAGAUUUUCAAAACCGGAUCCUAGUUCGCAUUGGGGGUUUCGAUUAGUGGGAGGAAGCGAUUUCAACGAACCUUUAGUGGUUGUUAAGGUGAACGAAAACAGUAUUGCUGAAAAUUCAGGAUUAAUGGUGGGAGAUGUGGUCGUUCGAGUCAAUGAUGACGCAACUGCAGGAUUAACUCAUACAGAAGCUCAUGAUCUGAUUAAUGAAGCAGGAUGCGAUUUUAUUAUGGCAAUUAGAAGAGGAUUAUUUUCCGACAUACCUGUUCCUUGUGAGGAAGAUGUUAACGCUGAAGUAGAAAAUAUAAUAAAAGAAUCGUUGGCUGAACAAUUUGAAGACACAGACAAAGAUCAAGAAAUUGGCCCUGAAUCAAAAAUUUUAGAAAACUUGGCCGGUCAAGAGCAGCUGAUUGACAGUAGGGCAUCGAUUAGCGAAAAAACUACAAAAAAUAAGAAAUAUUCAACGUUUUUGGUAAAACCGAGAAAUCCCAAGCCUGUAUCUAAGCAGGCGGAAGAAGACCGAAAAAAACUUGGCGAUCCUUAUAGAGUAAAAAUAGUGAAACAACCUCGACGCGACCCUAAAGAUGUUCUGAACCGGAAAAAAACUGUGCAGUUUGAACCAAAUGUGAUAGAAGUUGAAAUUUCACGGGACACGUCCGUCGCAGACUCGAACGAAUCAUUUGAUUCGUCAGAAGCAAAUAUCGAAAACGACAUGGAAAUGGAAGUUGAAACGUCAGUACAAAUAUCGGAAGAAACCACUGUGGAAAUUUGUGAAGAGGAGAACGGAGCUAUUUCUCCAGCAACUGACAGUUCAACAAUCGAAGAAGAUGAAGCAAAAUUAACCAUCAGAAGACCAGUAGCUGUUCCAUUGGAUAUCCACAUUGAGCCUGUAAUAUGCGAGUCCUCCUUAUCACUAGAACAACAAUUAGCAGCUGUUCAGAAACAGCUUCUAGCUUUGUCUCAGCUACCAUCAGCUAUUCAAGUUACUUUAGAAGCAGUAACCCAACAACUAAACAAAAUUGUUUUGGAAAAGUCGCAACAACAAUUCGAGGAAAAUGAAAUUGAAGUUGAGAACAUUAACGGGGAAAUAAUGGUGAAUGGUUCUGAGGACACUAUUGAAGAUGAUAAAAAUCCUGACGAGAGUCAAUCGUUAUCCGAAAACGCUGAAGGUGAUAUAACGGAAACUGAAAACGAGGAUCAAGCUAAUGUGGAUGAGCUGGAGAGUGAUCCAGUUGAAGUGGAUGACAAUACAGUUGAAGAAGAUGUUGAGCCUGAAGAACCGGUUGUGGUGGAUCCAUACGCUGGGUUGACAGAGGAAGAAAAGGAAGCUAAGCUUAGAGAGGAACAGUUGAUGGCUAAGAAGCAAAAAAUAGAAGAAGCACGUCGAAAAAUGGAUUGGACCCAGAGACCCAUAGUGUUGCCUGGGGGUAGGAAAUGGACGGACCCAGAAGACGCGACGCCCAAACCGAAAACCACGAAAAUGUCGGACGAAAAAAUUUGCAAAACUCUGGACGAUUAUUCGGAAGUGAUCGUCGGAAAAACUAAAGGCAUCAAUUUUCUAAAAUAUCAGCCGCCCCCGAAGAACCUGGACUACCUUCAGAGAUCAGAAGUGUACCGCCUGAUACACGACAUGGAACCUCCAGUGAAAGGAGUGGGAGCCCGUGCUGAGAAGAUACUCUCAGAAAAAGAUUAUCUUGGGGACAAAGGAGCUCCGUAGCUGCUGAAAACAACGAAUCUCAAAUUAUAACAAUUUAUUAUAUCAUUCUUAUUAUUAUUAAAAUAAAAUAUUGAAAGUCGUUUGUCGUUUUUGUAUUAGUGGCCCAACGAGAGAGAUUGAAAACUACUUGUUUGGAACUGUUUGAUAUUGUCACGGCUUUGGUGUGCGUGACAGCAAUCUUGGGUUCGUUGUUCUUCUAUUCCAAAAUCAAAGUCCAAUUAACACACCAAUAGUUUAUUCCACUUAACUAUACACUCUGACAUAACUAACUCAACAAUUAAACUCUUUACAACUCGCAACAAUAAUUACUAUUUAAAUC